ACAUCGGCCUAUGUACUAAAACGUCACAACGUAUUGGCGUUCUAGGGGAAGUGAACACGUGAGUUGUGGAAUCCACGCCUGUAGUGAGGCCAUUUCAGCAAUUGGUAUAAAAAGACGUAACGUUAUUUCGACCUGAUAUUUCAACAUGGCAGUAAGAGCAUCUUUUGAGAAGAACAACGAAAUUGGCUGCUUUGCUAAGCUCACAAACACGUACUGUCUCGUCGCCAUAGGCGGAUCAGAAAACUUUUACAGUGUGUUUGAAGGGGAGUUGUCUGAAACUAUACCUGUUGUCCAUGCAUCAAUUGCCGGAUGUCGUAUAAUUGGAAGAAUGUGUGUGGGAAAUCGUCAUGGUCUAUUGGUUCCAAAUAACACCACGGACCAGGAACUGCAGCACAUUCGUAAUAGCCUCCCAGAUACAGUGAGAAUCCAGAGGGUAGAGGAGCGUCUCUCGGCACUGGGCAACGUUAUCGCCUGCAACGAUUAUGUCGCACUGGUCCAUCCCGAUCUAGAUAGGGAGACUGAGGAGAUUCUGGCAGACAGUCUGAAGGUGGAGGUGUUUCGUCAGACCAUUGCUGAGCAAGUCCUGGUGGGCAGCUACUGCGCUUUCAGUAAUCAGGGAGGUCUCGUGCAUCCCAAGACAUCAAUAGAGGACCAAGACGAGCUCUCGUCUCUUCUUCAAGUGCCUCUAGUGGCAGGUACAGUUAACCGGGGUAGCGAGGUCAUAGCCGCCGGUAUGGUGGUGAAUGACUGGUGUGCAUUCUGCGGGCUGGACACCACGAGCACAGAGUUGUCGGUUAUUGAGAGCGUUUUCAGACUCAGCGAGACACAGCCCAGCGCCAUCGCCACCUCCAUGAGGGACACUUUGAUUGACAGCCUCACAUAAGACCUGGGUUUGGAGCAGUGUGGGAACACCGUCAGAGAAUGGACGACAACACACCAACCAUUUCGCACAUCCAGAUGGACAGCAUAUGGUUGUCACCUGAUCGAUAAUGAUUCAACCUUAUUAGACAAUUACUUGGCCUUUGUAAAAUGCACAUUCCGUCUGUGCAGUAUAACUGUGUACCUAGCGGAGACAAUGGCGUGCUCGCACAUGUUGUGUUACGGUCAAAUGGAAUGCUUGCCGAGGAGGUAACAUUUAACCUUGUAGUUUCACUUGUUAAUUUUCCCAAAGAUUGCAAGGAAACUCCAACCAUGUAAACUACGUACUGUCACGAAAGAGUGGAGAUUAUUUUAAUUGUGUGUGUUCCAUUGCUGUUUGCAGUGCAAUACAAAGAAAGCUUUGUCUGAUAUAAAAUAUAAUUGAAAUGGGGUGAUUUUCACCUCAGAUUUCCGCGUCCACUUACAAUAAAGAUGCUGCAUUUUCCUGCCCUA